GCCACCUGAGAGCGCAGGAAUCCCAUUAAACCUGGAUAUUUUUUAAUUUGGCUUGUUUUGAUUUGGCUUGAUUGGGAUUUUUGCGUCAGCAGAAGUUCGCGUUAGGAAAAUUUCCUAACAUCAGAGAGGUCCCACCAGGUAGGGCGGUCUUUCCGUGUGGCCCUAGGCCACUGUUGAAAGUCCCCUAGUCUACAAUCUGAGCUCUCCACACUAUGCUAAAACCGGCUCCUGGGCGACAGCAGCUACGUCUUGGUCAUUGUCCCAUCAUGGCCCUGUGGAUGCGCCUUCUGCCCCUGCUGGCCCUGCUGGUCCUCUGGGAGCCCAACCCCGCCCAGGCUUUUGUCAACCAGCACCUUUGUGGUUCCCACCUUGUGGAGGCGCUCUACCUGGUAUGUGGGGAGCGUGGCUUCUUCUACACACCCAAGUCACGACGUGGAGUAGAGGACCCACAAGUGGCACAACUGGAGCUGGGUGGGGGCCCCGGAGCGGGUGACCUCCAGACCUUGGCGCUGGAGGUCGCCCAGCAGAAGCGCGGCAUUGUGGAUCAGUGCUGCACCAGCAUCUGCUCGCUCUACCAGCUGGAGAACUACUGCAACUAG